CACUUUCAUUCACAAAACUUUCAACUGCGCUGCAGCCGCUCGAGUCUCGAACACCACAGUCUGACCGAAACUGCUUUUUCGGCUUCAACUUCAUUACAGUUUUCAUUUUAUUUUAUUUUUUAAAAAAUUUUGGUGGAAGGUUAAACGCGGAACUUUUUUGGCUGGGUGUCCUGGUGAAGUCUCAUCAAGCGGGGACUGAGCGUGUCUAUUUGGGGGGUGUGACAGCACUCUCCGUACAGCUGCGCCGGCCUUGUUUAUGACUUGGACAGGUUGCUAUACGCAGCGGUAGGGAACAAAACGCACCGGGUCAUGUUCUUGAGACGCGGACGGGCUGUGGAAGGGUUUUUCCUGCUCAGAACCGCUGCUUUAUUUGGGCUGAAUGAGCUCCACGUCUGCGUCCUGAUUGUUCCACCAAACAUGGGAACUUAAUAGCUUGUGUAUGACAUGAAUGACAAACAGGACAGGCCUUAUGUAUGCGGCGCCCCAGGCUGCUCUCAGCGCUUCCAGUUAGAGGAGCAUCUGAUCAUCCACAGACACAAGCAUGAGAUGACCCUCAAGUUUCCCUCCAUAAAGACGGAUACAGCGUUUACAGACCAGACUCCAACGCCAACGCGAUUUUUGCAGAACUGUGAAGAAGUCGGUCUGUUCAAGGAGAUAGAGGAGGAGUUUCUUCAAGCACAAGAGGAGGAAAAUAACAAACAGACGCUUUCUCAUAAUGGGCCAUCCUGUAUGAGCCAGCACCAGCUCAAACCCCAGCUUCAGCUCCAGCACCCACCCCAGCCUCAGCACCCGCAUCCCCAGCCACCGCUGCAUCAUCCCCAAACCCAUGCCCUGCAUCAUCCCCAGACCCUCGACCCCAUGAUGGCCCCUAGCUGCAGCCUGGCCACCCAGCAAGCUCUGUCCUCCUCCCAGUCUGGAUCAGUCCUCACCCAGGCUCCUUCCACCCUCACACACUCAGGGCCAGUUCUCGGGCCGCUGUCCUGCCUCCUCCACAUGCGGAACCGACAUAGACAACCUCUGCCAGCCUCCUUACCCGGCACCCUGCCAGACCCCGCCAUGCAAGGGGCAUCAGCUCAGCACAUGGUUAUAGAAAAGCAGAUGUCUUGUGCAAUGGGAAUACCAGCUCCUGUGCACAACCCCUCCUGUUCUUCACCACAGAGAUCUAAACAGAUGAUGGGCCACCACUACCAACAGCACCACCCAGGAAUGAUCGCCAUCAACAACCCUGUGACAUCAAUGGGUCACAUGAUGGAGAUGAUGCCACAGCGUCACCAGGCACCUCCCCUACAGCACCACCACCCUCAUCACCAUCACCAUCCUCAUCAUCCGCAGCUUCCAGCACCACCUCUCGCCUACCAACAGCGAUGCCAUGCUCCUCCUCCUCCUCCUCCUCCUCCUCCUCCACAGCACCUGGGAAGCAGCCACAGCCACCAGCUUCACCAGUCAGGGAAUGUACCGCACGCUCAGACUCACCAAUCACCACCUUCACACAUGCACCAGGGCUCACCACCUGCACCUUCCCUGUCUGCUCCUGCACAGUUGUCACCAGUUGCACAACAGAUGCAGCCCUCCCACUCUCAGCAUGCAGUGCAGGUGGGCGGUAGCUGCAGCGGUGGUGGUGGUGGUGGAGGAGGAGGAGGUGGAGGAGGCAGCAACCGUCGCAGAAGGACAGCAGAGCAGGACCCCGAUGAGCGAAGGCAGAAGUUUCUGGAACGUAACCGGGCUGCAGCAACGCGCUGCCGACAGAAGAGGAAAGUGUGGGUGUCUUCACUGGAAAAGAAAGCCGAAGAGCUGACGCACACAAACCUGCAGCUACAGAACGAAGUGACGUCAUUGAGGUCAGAGGUGGGUCAACUGAAGCAGAUUCUGCUCACCCACAAGGACUGUCCUGUCACUGCUCGACAGAGAGAGGCACAGGGGUACCCCACUGCAGGGGUGAGCCCAAGAGGAAGUCCCCCCCCUGUACGUCCUGGGGCUCAUCUGCAAGCCGUCCAACACAACAGCAUCUCCACCUCCUCGACAGCUGGAGGCGACACAGGGCACGACCCCCGGCCUGGACACUAGGCCUCAAUAUACAGCUGAAAUAUAUGGACUAGAUAUGUUUUCUGGUUAAAAAGAAGAACGGAAACGCGUACUGAGAGACAUUUGUAGUUUCAUCUAUCGUACGAGGUGCAAAUAGCAUGACCUUUUGUGACAGCCUUGUUAAAACUGUGAUGGUUACAUGGCAACUCGACCCUGUGUUAAUUCAGAAAUUGUCUGUUUCUGUUUACAACAGUCUAACCAUUGCCUGCUACCCACUGGCUAUGCACAUACACAAUCCUAACAUGUCUCAUUUGCUCUUAUAUCUUGCACUAAUUCUGAAAAACAAAGCCUAUAUAUUAGUUUAUAUUUUUAACAGAGCAGCUACUAGUGCACACCUAAUGCCUUUUCUUUGAAGCAGAGGCAGCUUGACAUAAAUAGUACAACAAUGUAUUCUUUUUUCUUUUUACAGAUAAUUCAAUUUUAAACAAAAUGUUUAUUUUAAGAUUUGACAUUUCCUAGCUCUUGUAAAUAAAACUAUCAAUCCCACAGCAGUGUUGGAAAGCCAUUUGAAACAUGAUUGUACAGUAUUUCCUUCAAGGCACUUUUUUAUAAUACAACUGUCCGGAGUCACUAAAUAACUGCACUUGAUGUCUUGGUCCCUGUCAGUUUAAUUUAAUUUUCACCUAAAUUACACUUUUUGUACUGUAAAGAUGUUGACAAUCGAUGUAAAUCUAAUGCAAAAAUAAAAACACUUAUUCUGGUA